GUGAAUUUGCGUGGGUUGUUCCACUGAUCGCCAUCAUCGUCAUCAUCCUUCUCCUCCUGGCCUCGAUUUUCAUCUGUGAAUUCCGGCGUAAACGCCGCGAGCAGCUACUGAACCAAUACGAGCCAGCCGAGGAA